GGAGCACAGAGCGGUUUGGUCGGUCGUUGGAGGGUCUUCUUUUUCCUUGCUCGGCGACUGCGGCUCUUUACUGGGCAGCAGGAGCGGCGCGGCGGUCGAAGAAGCGAUCUAAGACUUCGGCAUUGGGUAAAAGAAAAUGGCCCGAACCAAGCAGACUGCCCGUAAAUCCACGGGUGGGAAAGCGCCCCGCAAACAGCUGGCCACUAAAGCCGCCCGGAAAAGCGCCCCUUCUACCGGUGGGGUGAAAAAACCUCAUCGCUACAGGCCCGGGACCGUGGCGCUUCGGGAGAUCCGUCGUUACCAGAAAUCCACCGAGCUUCUGAUCCGGAAGCUGCCUUUCCAGAGGUUGGUGAGGGAGAUCGCCCAGGAUUUCAAAACCGAUCUGAGGUUUCAGAGCGCCGCCAUUGGCGCGCUUCAGGAGGCCAGUGAAGCGUACCUGGUGGGUUUAUUUGAAGAUACUAAUCUGUGUGCCAUCCACGCUAAGAGAGUCACCAUCAUGCCCAAAGACAUCCAGUUGGCUCGCCGGAUACGGGGAGAGAGAGCUUAAGUGAAGGCAGUUUUUAUGGUGUUUUGUAGUAAAUUCUGUAAAAUACUUUGGUUUAAUUUGUGACUUUUUUUGUAAGAAAUUGUUUAUAAUAUGUUGCAUUUGUACUUAAGUCAUUCCAUCUUUCACUCAGGAUGAAUGCGAAAAGUGACUGUUCACAGACCUCAGUGAUGUGAGCACUGUUGCUCAGGAGUGACAAGUUGCUAAUAUGCAGAAGGGAUGGGUGAUACUUCUUGCUUCUCAUGAUGCAUGUUUCUGUAUGUUAAUGACUUGUUGGGUAGCUAUUAAGGUACUAGAAUUGAUAAAUGUGUACAGGGUCCUUUUGCAAUAAAACUGGUUAUGACUUGAUCCAAGUGUUUAACAAUUGGGGCUGUUAAGUCUGACCAUACAUCACUGUGAUAGAAUGUGGGCUUUUUCAAGGGUGAAGAUACAAGUCUUAACCACAGUGUAACUUACAGUUUCCUUAAAAAAAAAAAAAGAAAAGAAAAAAAAAGUAAACCUGGCAGCUAUAGAAUACACUAUGUGCAUUUAUAAUAGCUAUUUUAUAUAUUGUAGUGUCAACAUUUUUAAAUUAAAUGUUUUACAUUCACAUGUGGUGGGGAGUCUUGUCAUUAAGGUGUGUGUAAUUUAAAGUCAAGUUGGUUUUCUCCUAACUAGACUGCACUUGUUUUCAUAAUAGUAAAAUGCUUUGCAAAUUAUACCUUGCAUAAGUCCUCAUUCUACCACAUGUUAACUAACCCUCUAGCUGAUUAAUGCAAACACUAAUGGGGGGAUUUUAUUUAUAAGGGCUCUAGACUAUAAUACCGAGUUAUUCACACCAGCAUCAUCUGUUAAUAAUCUAAACUAGUUAGUGCAGCUUUUCUUUGUGUUGUGGUUGGUCUCAUAACUAGGUUGAGUUCUUCUCUACCAAGAGGAAACAAUACCGAAGUUCUUUUCCUUGUGGAGUUUGUAUUAUAAUAAUCCUUAGAGUAAACUUGCUGUGGGGGAGGGGCACACAACUCCAGCUUGAACCUCUGCCAAUUAAGAUGGUGUCGAUUAGGUUACAUCUGAUACAUGGUCCUGGGAAAAUCACUAUAGAGAUGGCCUUCCAGGUGGUUUUUAAAAAUUACCCUUCUACUGAAGUCUUCAGGUCAAUUAUGUAUGUUGACUAAAUUUACAAAUAAACUUGUUUAUUCAA